GUCGACUCGGUCGGCUGGGACAGGUCGGAGGUCGGGGAGACCACGGCGUCGUGCAACGUGGGGCCCCUCUCCCGGGGCGGCCUCCGCCUGGCGUUCCGCGACACGGGGGCCUGCGCCCGGCUGCUGUCCGUGCGACUCUUCCACAGGCGCUGCCCGGCGCUGGCGCUCGGACUCGCCGUGUUCCCCGACGCGCCAGCCGCCGGCGACGGGCGGUGGGCGCUGUCGGAGGUGGCCGGGGCGUGCGUGGGCCACUCGCUCCGGGCCCAGGGGGAGCCGGGCCCGGCGAUGCUCUGUGACGCUGACGGCGAGUGGGCGAGCCUCAGCGGGAGCUGCGUCUGCCGUGCCGGGUACCAGCAGGCGGGGAAUGCCUGCCGAGCGUGUGAGCAGGGCUGGUACAAGGAGACGGCGGGAGACGGCUCCUGCUCCCCGUGCCCGCCGCACAGCGCGGGGAGCGCUGGCGGGGCCACGUCCUGCGCCUGCCACGACGGGUACUUCAGGCCCAGAGACGAGGCCCAGUCUGUUGCCUGCGCAAAGCCUCCGUCUGCCCCCACGGACGUCACGUGGACGGCGCUCACCGCCACUUCGCUGACGCUCCGGUGGCGCCCGCCGGCGGCUCCCGGCGGGCGCCCCGACCUCGCCUACUCCGUCCAGUGCCACCGCCACCGCCGCCGCCUCCGGCAGGAGCAGCAGCAGCAGCAGGAGCAGCAGCAGCAGCCAGCGCCGUGCGGGGCGGCCGUGAGGUUCCGGCCUCCGCCGGUGCCACUGCCGCUGCCCAACGGCUCGUGCUGCUGGGCGGAGGUGAGCGGCCUGCAGGAGAACGCCGCCUACACGCUGGAGGUGCACGCCACCAACGGAGUGUCCAGCCUCAGCGGAGGCCCGUCGCUGUUCGCCGCCGUGAACGUCAGCACCUCCGUGGCGCCCCCGUCCCCCGUGGUGCGUGUCCAGGCGGGGAUCGUCUCGGAAGACUCCGUCCUGGUGACCUGGCUCGAGCCAGAGCAGCCCAACGGCUUCAUUCUGGACUACGAAGUCACAUGCUACGAAGAGCCGCGUGUGACGGUGGGGGGGCUCCGCCGUGCGGCGGGCUACUCGCUGCGGGUUCGCGCUCGCAACGCCGCCGGCUACGGGGACUACAGCCCCACACUCCACUUCCACACGUCUCGCGAACUGAAGAUGCCGGGUUUCCGGCUCUACAUCGACCCACACGACUACGACGUGCCCAGCGACGCUCUCCGCGAGUUCGCCAAGGAAAUCGACGCUUCGCGAAUCAAACUUGGACAUGUCAUCGGUGCAGGAGAGUUUGGCAAGGUGCGCAUCGGAUACCUGAAGCAUGAGGGCAGCAGCGGAGGGGCAGCGACGGUGAGCGUGGCCGUCAAGACGCUGAAGGGCAGAUCCGACGAGCAGCAGCAGCAAGACUUCCUGUGCGAGGCGAGCGUCAUGGGCCAGUUCGACCAUCGCAACAUCGUCCGCCUGGAGGGCGUCGUCACCAAGAGUAAACCCGUCAUGAUCAUCACCGAAUUCAUGGAAAACCAUUCCUUGGAUGUGUUCCUCAGGAAGAAGAAGGGCCACUUGCUGUUGCCCCAGCUGGUGGGGAUGCUGCGGGACGUGGCGUGCGGCAUGCGGCACCUGUCCCGCGUGGGCUACGUGCACCGGGACCUGGCCGCCCGCAACGUGCUCGUCAGCGGCGAGGUCACGUGCAAGGUGUCCGACUUCGGACUCUCGCGGAUGCUUCUGCCGGACGACCACUCCGAGGCGGUGUACACCACCCGGGUAAAGGGGGGGAAGAUCCCCAUCCGCUGGACCGCCCCGGAGGCGAUUUCCCAGCUCAGGUUCACGUCGGCAAGCGACGUGUGGAGCUACGGCGUCGUCAUGUGGGAGGUGAUGACACACGGCGAGCGGCCAUACUGGGACAUGAGCAACCGGGACGUGCUGGAGGCAGUGGAAGGUGGCUGGCGACUGCCACGUCCCAUGGGAUGCCCCAUGUGUCUCCGUCGCCUCAUGCUGAGCUGCUGGCACGCGGAGAGCUCCUGCAGGCCCUCGUUCACCCAGCUCGUCACCGCCGUCACCGACGCGCCGCACUACAGUUUCUCGUCCGCGGUGGCGGUGGCCUCCACACGCCGCGGCGACUUCUCAACGUCGAUGACGCCGCCGCCGAUUCUUCCACCACCUCCUCCCACUGCGUCUUAG